CAAUAGCAGUGGUCAAAAUUAUAAAUUUUUCUUUGGUACUCUAUAAAUGUAAAGCACAGCAUAAGGACAUACCUUCUUUUUUGAUAGAGAAAAAAAACUGAUUUACACUUACAUCCGCAUAGCAGAAUGUCGAACUUAGAGGUAGCGUCAAAUGUAAAUGGCACGAGUUCUGAAAGACGUCACACUGAAUCAGACGUCACAAAACAUUUCGUGAAAGCAUUUGCACGGUCUUCUAGAUCAUUCAGCAGCAGUAACACGGAGGUAUCAUUUGAGAACGGGACAUCUCCCGGAAAAGAAGCGCUAAAUGAUAAAGCAUCCGCGUGCCAAAGUUCGAUGUCAGGCAACACAUUUGGAGGCAGUUUAUUGCGGAGACGUAGCACACUGAAAGGAGUUGCACAAGGCAUCACGGGAAUGCUUAGAAUGCGACGGUUAACUAAACCCACGAUCAAACCGAAAAUCAGACUGGAGAACACGUACAAGAUGGCGCCGGACACAGGGAAACACAUGGCAACCUCGAAGAUUGAAAUAAUAGCUCAGCAAAUUUUAGAAAAAGAAAUCGGCAACAAAACAUAUAACAGCGCCACGGUUGGAACCAUGACUCGUGUCAUAUCUACAGAAAUCAAAAACAAAGUGAAAGAAUUGAACUUUCAGCGUUACAGGAUCAUUUGCCAAGUUGUUAUUACUCAGGUCGAAGAUCAGGGAAUAGAAGCGACAAGUAGAUGUCUAUGGGAUGCCAGCUGUGACAAUUUUGCCGCUGUCUCGUACAGAAAUGAUUCGAUAGCAGCUAUUGCCAUGAUAUAUGGAGUUUAUCUUGAAUAGCUUUCCGCUUUUUGAUUAACUUUUCGGUCUUUAAGUGUAAAAGGAAUAGCUUGUUACAAAAUGAUCGAGUUUUAAUGAUUAAUGGACUUCUGAAAAAUAAGUUUAAGAUCGACUACAUCAAACGUCAAAGCGACUGUCAAAACGUUUUAUCUUACAAAAUACAUCACACUGUUCAAAUUUUCAAGUUUAAACACGAAAUGAAACUUUUUUGUAUCAGUCAUUUUCAAUGAACACUUCAUUGUACAUAGGCCUACUAAAUUUUGUGUUCCCCUUUAAUCAACAAUAAAUACAUUUUGUUUUAAAAUGUGUAUUGUUUCAACAAUAAAUUUACGUUUUGAUUUAAAUGUGUAUUGUUUAGAUAUAAAAAUAUAGUUCAUUGUUUAAAGCGACAUGUAUAUAAAAGAUCAUAGAGUCAAGUUUCAUAAUACUUUUAACUUGCUUCCAUUGUUUUCAUUUGUAAAUAUGUUUUACGUUUGUAAAUAUGUUCUAUGUUUGUAAAUAUGUUUUGGGUUCAUGUUUGAUUGUACGGAAUUUAAAGCAAGGGAAAACACUCUUUCUUUGAAAAUUAUAUUAGAAGUGUUUGUUGUCUCCCUUGAAACGGACUUGGAUUUAGAACAAAACACUG